UCUCUCUUCUUCGUGGCCUCCCAUGUGCCUCUCCUCCGUCUCCUUUCCACCCAUUCCUACCGAAGGAGAAGAAGACAGUCAAGUGGCGCACUAAUAACAACCAACAAUCGAUGAUCCGAUGAUCAUAUAGAUCGCAGCAAUCGUGAUCUUGGUCUUUGUUUCCUUUCUUCUUCUCUGUUCUUGAUUGAUGGACGAGAGGAAGAAGGAGGAGGAGAAGGAGGCGGAGGCUGAGGCCGCGGGCCGGAGCAACGCGCCGCAGCGGAAGGGCAAAUCCUACAGUCAGCCCCUCAGCCGCGACGCCGUCCUCAGCACUUCUGCCCGCCGCAAGCACAGCCUCGACGACGACACCCUUUCCUCUCCCUCCGAUAACGCCGCCGCCGCCGCCCCCCGCGCCCUCUCCUGCGGCCACUACAACUCCUCCUCUCCUCCUUCCCACCAUCACCGCCACAAGCACUCUUCCUCCGUCGAGGAAAUCCGGUUCCCCCUCUCCCAGCAGCUGCCCCCUUCCGUCCCCUCCCCACCCCACCACCACCACCAGCAUGCCCCCACCGCCCCUGUCUCCUUCGGCAAUCCCUUCUCCAUCGACUGCCACCGGGGUGGCUCCUCCCUCUCCGACAGCGAUGGCUCCCUCACCCUCGAGCGCGUCAUGUCCGAGUACGGCGGCACCCCCGGCACUAUCCCCGAGUUCAUGGGCAACGGCGGGGGCGUCGGCAUCUUCCGCGUGCCCCACCGCUCCGCCAUUCACCCCGACCGGCCCCCCGCCAUCGAGGUGCGCCCGCACCCGCUGCGCGAAACCCAGGCUGGUUCCUUCCUCCGCACCAUCGCCUGCACUACCUCUCAGCUCUGGGCGGGCCAGGAGUCGGGCCUUCGAGUGUGGAACCGCAAGGACGCGUUUGACAGUUUGGGGCCCAGCGUCACGGUGAAGAGGGGCGACGAGAAGAGUGCCCCUUUCAGUGAGUCUUGCCGCACCUCGCCGACGCUCUGCUUGGUGGUGGACGUUGCCAAUGGCUUGAUCUGGAGCGGACACAAGGAUGGGAAGAUUCGGUCAUGGAAGAUGGACCAGCCGACCAGCGCAAAUUCUUCUCUGGAUGACGGUGGUGUUGCUUCUGCUAUUGGUGGUGCCCCUCCAUUUAGAGAAGGCCUUUCCUGGCCGGCACAUCAACGAUCUCCUGUGCUAUCCAUGGUUAUCACAUCUUAUGGUGAAAUAUGGUCAGGUUCUGAGGGCGGAGUCAUAAGGGCCUGGCCUUGGGAUGCCAUUGGAAAGGCCCUUUCUCUUUCUGUGGAAGAAAGACAUAUGGCUGCUUUGCUAGUUGAGAGGUCAUAUAUUGAUCUUAGAAGCCAAGUCACGGUGGGUGGUGUGUGCAACUUGCCUGCUGUAGAUGUGAAACAUAUGGCAUCUGAUAAUUGCAAGUCCAAAGUAUGGAGUGCCGGUAGUCUAACCUUUGCAUUAUGGGAUUCUCGUACAAGGGAUCUUUUGAAAGUGUUUGGUAUUGAUGGCCAGGUAGUGACUCGGGUUGAGCUACCAUCUGCACAAGAUCCAUACGUUGAGGAUGAAAUGAAGAUAAAAUUUGUUUCAUCAUCAAAGAAGGAAAAGUCACAAGGUUCAGUUAGUUUUUUUCAGCGUUCUCGGAAUGCCCUGAUGGGAGCAGCUGAUGCUGUUCGCAGAGCUGCAGUAAAGGGAACAUUCGGAGAAGAUAAUCGCAGAACAGAAGCCCUAGCUAUAUCGAUGGAUGGUAUAAUCUGGACUGGGUGCACAAAUGGAUCGGUAAUCCUGUGGGAUGGAAGUGGGAAUAGAUUGCAAGAAGUUCAGCAUCAUUCUUCUUCUGUACAAUCCAUUUGCACAUAUGGGCCACGGGUAUGGGUAGGCUAUGUUAGCGGCAAAGUUCAGGUUAUGGAUCUGGAUGGAAAUCUGAUUGGAGAGUGGGUUGCACAUGGUAGUCCUGUUAUAAAAAUGGUAGUCGGAGGUGCGUAUCUGUUCACACUGGCACAUCAUGGUGGCAUACGUGGGUGGAAUAUAAGAUCUCCUGGACCUAUUGAUGAUUUGUUGAGAACAGAGUUUGCUAAUAGGGAGCAGUCUUAUGCAAAAUAUGAAAACAUUAAGAUCUUGACUGGAACAUGGAAUGUUGGACAAGAAAGAGCAUCUCAUGAUUCACUCAUAAUCUGGUUGGGUGGUGCUGCAUCAGAGGUUGGAUUAGUUGUUGUAGGAUUGCAAGAGGUAGAAAUGGGGGCUGGAUUCCUGGCAAUGGCUGCUGCUAAAGAAACUGUAGGACUUGAGGGGAGUGCCAAUGGGCAAUGGUGGUUGGGUACCAUUGGCAAGACCUUAGACGAAGGAACAUCUUUCCAACGUGUUGGUUCCAGGCAGUUGGCAGGGUUACUAAUUGCUGCAUGGGCCAGGAAGAGCCUUCGACCAUAUAUUGGUGAUGUUGAUGCUGCAGCGGUGCCAUGUGGGUUUGGGCGUGCAAUCGGUAACAAGGGUGCUGUAGGUUUGAGGAUGAGAGUCUAUGAUCGGAUAAUAUGUUUUGUGAACUGUCAUUUUGCUGCACAUCUGGAAGCAGUUAGCAGGCGGAAUGCUGACUUUGAUCAUGUUUAUCGAACAAUGGCUUUCAGCCGGCCAACCACAGGACUUCAUGGAGCCGCAGCUGGUCCUACGUCUGUUCAGUUGAACCGUGGGGUAAAUGUUACAGGAUCUCAACCUGAUGAUGGGAGACCUGAGCUGUCCGAAGCUGACAUGGUCGUUUUUCUUGGUGAUUUUAAUUAUCGGCUUCAUAGUAUCACUUACGAUGAAGCCAGGGACAUGGUUUCUCAGAGAUGCUUUGAUUGGCUAAGAGAAAAGGAUCAGCUCCGAGCAGAAAUGAAAGCAGGUAAAGUCUUCCAAGGAAUGCGUGAAGGGCAAAUUAAAUUUCCUCCAACGUACAAGUUCGAAAGGCACCAACCGGGCUUAUCAGGAUAUGAUUCCAGUGAAAAGAAGCGAAUUCCUGCUUGGUGUGACAGAGUAUUGUAUCGUGAUAGCCGUUCAAUUUCGGUGGCCGAAUGCUCAUUAGAGUGCCCUGUGGUUUCAUCAAUCACACUGUAUGAAGCAUGUAUGGAUGUUACUGAUAGUGAUCACAAGCCUGUGAGAUGCAUAUUCUCUGUGGAAAUUGCACAUGCAGAUGAAUUGAUAAGGAGGGAAGUAUGGGGACAAAUAACAAUGUCUCUUGGGAAAAUAAGGUCCUCUCUUGAAGAAUCUCGUGCUAUUCCAGACUUUAGUGUCGGCACAAAUGACAUCAUCCUGAAAAACCAAGAGAUUGGCACCCUUCGCAUCACAAACAAGUCUGAGAAGUACAAAGCUAUCUUCCAAAUUAUUUGCGAAGGCGAGUACAUCGUUCAGGGGGAUGAAAAUUCACCUAAGCUAUGUGCUAGAUGCUCCUUUGGCUUUCCUAACUGGCUUGAGGUUCAACCAGCAGUCGGCAUACUCAAACCUGGACAAACAAUAGACGUUUCUGUCCAUCAUGAAGAUGUCCUCACCCAGGAACAAUCUGUUGAUGGAGUCCCACAGAAUUGGUGGACUGAAAAUACCAGGGACAAAGAAGUGGAACUAUCAGUGAAUAUCACAGGCACUGGUACAACCAGGCACAAUAGUCACAGGGUCCAUGUUCGUCACUCUUUCUCAUUCAGGUCUGACUCUGGUGAUAGAAGAGGUACUUCGAGAAGAAGUCAACCAAGCAAUCAACAAAGAUCUGAUGUCAAAGACUAGCAGUUACCCAGAGGAGUUAUGAGAUGUCCAUGAGAUUGCACAUGAAAGAUAAGAUGAACGUUGCCUACCUAUCGGAAAAUAACGUUAUGGUCAAGAAAACAAAUUUUGCUUCUUUCGGUACAUCCUCCACCUGCACAGCUCAAAAUACAUGUUCCUCGGAGAGAAAGCCCAAAUCAGUUCUUUCCGGCAAUUCCACGGUCUUACAAAUGUACUUAAAUUAGAGGAUUUUUCUUUUUCAUGUGGGUCUUGUAGACAUAGCAUUAUGCAUCUAAAGUUACAUUCACCUAGAUUUGUGAAUUAGGUCGACACGGCAUAGUUUCGUAGCCCUUUGUCAUGCUAAUUAGCUGAGUGUACCAUUGUUUGAGUUGUUCACCUGUAAGAACAUGGUGUUCUGUGGACAUGUGAAUGGUACCAUGGUUUCCUGCAA